UAGUUUCCAACCAACACACUAUCUGUCCCAGCAACUGUUUAAAAGGCAGCUCACACUGCAGGGAACGGCAGUCUGUCCCCACAUCAAAACACAAGAAGCAAGAGGAGGGAAAAGCAAUUCUGAUGCACCAGAGCGGAUCCCCAGCCACAGCCAUGUCCUGGGACAGCACCAAGCGUGGGGAAGUGCCUAAGCGCGCUGUCAGGAGGCUGAGGAGUGUGGCUCUGGUCGGGAGUCUGGCCAGAAGCUGGCAGCAAUGGGCCAACGAUAACACACACCGCCAAUCGUCUGGCCCCGUGGGGUGGCAGCCAUCUGUGGAUGACCAGCAAAAUCAGCCUCCGGACAAGAAGAAAAGCCAGCAGCUCCUCAUAGAGCACAGCCUGAAGGAUCAGGGUCAGCGGCCAGCACUCCUCCUGGCCACUUGCAAAGAUCUGGAGGAAGCUGAGGAUCUUGGGGUGAAGAUCAAGACCAAGGACGUGACAAAAAGCGUGGACGCCAAGUUGCACGAAUGUGGCAGAGACAACGUGAACGCUUUGAGCAGCAAAUACGGGCUGGAGUUGGUUGCAGGAGCCCAGUCUCUGCAAGACCACAGGUCUCCCAGCAGGAGGCGCCACUGCUCCAGCCUGGUGGUGGAGCUGACCAGGAGCUGGAAGAAGAUCGAGAAAGAAAACGAGCCUCAACCCACCCCAAUUGACAAGUCCCAGAGCAUCAGCAGCCCAGACAUAGACCCAGAGCAGGGAGGCCAGACUGCUGCACUGAGACUGGAGAGAGGCACCAAGUCAUGGAAAAGGGAGAAGGAGGCUGGGGAUGGGGAUGAGGAUGAGGUGUUGCCCAGGAUUAAGAGAGCUGGUGGCUUAUUGAGCUUCAGGGAAGAGAUUGGCAAGAACAAAAACCUGGUGGCCAGAAAGAAGUAUAACCCGCUGACGAGUCUGAAAAGCCAGUGGCAGGAGUGGGCUGAUCACCACCAGGUCAAGCAGAAACUCAACCCUUUCAGUGAGGAGUUUGAUCAUGAGUUAGCCAUGGCCACCCGCCUGCAGAAAGGCGACCAGGGCUAUGGGCGGCCAAAAGAAGGCACCAAGACAGCCGAGAGAGCCCAGAGAGCCGAGGCUCACAUCAGGCGGGAGGUGAUGGACAUGUGCUUCAUCAUCAGGAGCAUGGGCCAGCCAGGAGCGGACAGCAGAGUCCGCAUAACUUUCGGGGAGCUCUUCGAGCGCUAUGUCCGCAUCUCGGACAAAGUGGUGGGCAUCUUAAUGCGGGCGAGGAAGCAUGGAUACGUGCACUUUGAGGGUGAGAUGCUGUGGCAGGGAAGGGACGAUGAUGUGAUCAUCACUUUGUUGGAGAAGCUGUGAGGGAAGGACGAAAAGGAAUCGAGUCACUGAUGGAUCCAGCACUUAUAGCUUUACUUUUUUUUAAAAAAUAAUGGUGAGUCGGCUGUCAAAAUGUCCAUGGAUAUUUAGUCACUAGUACUUUACUUUUCUCCCUCCCUCCCCUCUUUCAAGACACAUCUCAAAAAUGUACCAUAUUGGCCGCAUUUUUGGUCAUCAUUCCUCUCGCCCCCUCUCCACCCCAAGUGCCCUUCCAGCAGCGUGAAGCCUUUUGAGACAUUCUCCCACUGUGAAAAACUUUACAUGAAUUGUUUAUUUGUUUAAUAAUGUUUAUUUCUAUGCUGCUGAUCCUGUCAACUUUUUAUAUAUUUUUAAAAGAUUCUUCAGAUGUUUGUUAAAAACAAAUCAUUGUAACAGACAUUGUUUGAAAACAUUGUUGAAUGUCUUAUGUACAGAGAGUGGAGGCUCGGAUUGAUUUUGUGAGCUUUUCAAGAAACUGAAGGUUUGUGCUGCUGUUAUUCUGGAGUCACUGUGAUGCCUCUUGCAGAAACCAGUUGCUUGUUUAAUAAGUGAUCCAGUCAAAGCCUGUAAUUUAACUUUGAACCAGAGUUCUACUUUGUUCACCAUAAUUUGAAUCAACAAAAUAGAACAACACAUACUACCUGUACUAAACUCUACUAAGUGUAUCAUUGCGAGGUGAUAUCCCUUCUCCAAUAUGUCUGCUAUACUACUGUAGCUCAGUGGAUAGAGCACUCACCUUGCAAGCGACAGACUUGGGUU